AAGCUAUAUCCGGAAAGAAGCCCGGGUAAAUAUUGGUGGUCAAUAAAAGCAGAUCGUGGAGAAGAAGAUACCAAAGACAGAGGGUUCCAGGUUCUCAAGCUAGCUCAUACACCAAUUUUCUGCUGUUUUUCGAAGCCCUAGACUUUCCUAGAAGCCCUCUCUGCUCCAUUGUCUUCCUUGCUCCGGUUGCUGCGAUUACUUCUUAUUUUCUGGGGUUCUGGCACGUCCGAAUUCCCUGGUUUUAACCGGUUGGUUCUGAGAUUGCAGCGGCUGCUGAGGUACUAGGAAUUUGAAAUUUGCGCCUGUUCUGCUGUUUUGGAUAGGGAGGGAGUUCCGAUUCUGGAUCCGUGCUUGAGGGUUCCGCCUGCGUUGAUUGGGUUUCUAGAUGCUUAGGACGAAGACGGGUUGGUGAUGGAGGCGAGCCGAGAGUCGUCUGUGGCUGUGAGAACUAUUCGGGGGCUGCAUUAUGCGCACAAUCAUAACGCGUCGUCUGGGUCAACUGCUUGGAUUGGAAAGGGACUCUCCUGUGUUUGCGCCCAAAGGAGAGAAACUGAUGCUCGGAUAUCAUUUGAACUUUCCCCCAUACAGGAAGAAUGUCUGCAAAGGCUGCAAAAUCGCAUAUAUAUAACUUAUGAUUGUUCAAAGCUGGAGCACCAGGAAGCCUUGAGAGCCCUUUGGCAUGCAACAUUUCCUAAUGUUAAAUUACAUAGUUUGAUAUCCGAGCAAUGGAAGGACAUGGGGUGGCAAGGGAAAGACCCAUCUACAGAUUUUAGGGGUGGUGGAUUUAUAUCCUUGGAGAAUUUACUCUUCUUUGCAAGAACUUUCCCAAAAUCCUUUCAAGAUCUUCUCUGGAAGAGAGUGGGCAACCGAUCUUUGUGGGAAUAUCCAUUUGCUGUUGCUGGUGUGAAUAUAACUUUCAUGCUAAUUCAAAUGCUUGAUCUCCAAGCAGCAAAACCAAGGACAAUGAUGGGAGCGCUGUUCUUGAAGAUACUUGCAGAGGACAAGAGAUCCUUCGAUCUGCUAUACUGCAUUGCUUUCAAAAUGAUGGAUCAUCAAUGGCUGGCCAUGCAGGCUUCAUACAUGGACUUCAAUGCGGUUCUGAAAGCAACACGGCGUCAGUUGGAGCGUGAGUUUCUGCUAGAAGAUAUACAGCGUUUGGAUGACAUGCCUUCAUUUAGGCUACUCCUUCGGUAGU